GCUUGUGUCGCCAUUCGUUGAAUGCGGUAACUCAUAAAUUAUUGACGAUUUUUAACUUCUCACGUGUGCAAUGCGCUCAAAUUAAGUGUUGCGGUGUCAUUUCCAUCCUCGUUCUCGCUGUUCGUGAUAACGCUUUAAUUACCCAGGAUACUAAACAACACUCCUAAUGAUGGUCUAGUUUGUGCCUCAUUUCCUUCCCUCAGAUGAUUGAUCAUCAACUCACGAGUUUUAUGGCUCGUAGUAAUCUUGCUGCAGUGUACAUCUUCGUUUAUGGAAGAUUUUUCUUGUGACUUUUUACUGUAAACCUCUUUACAGGGCCGACGGACAGACAUCGUAUGAAUCAUGGCUCCGAAUAUAAAUAGCGAGGAACUAAUCGGAUAUUGGGGAAGACCAACUUCGACGGUCGAUUGGUGUGAGAAAAACUAUGAAUUCAGUAUUUAUGUCGCUGAAAUGAGCAAUACAAUCAGUAACUUGAUGAUGAUUCUUCCACCUUUAUGGGGUAUCAAAGAAAUUAUAAAGUACAAAUUAGACAAGAUCUUCAUUCUAUGCCAGAUCCUGCUUCUGACUGUUGGUUUGGGAUCAACGGCCUUCCAUAUGACCUUACUCUAUGAAAUGCAGCUGUUUGAUGAAUUACCAAUGGUUUGGGGAACUUGUGUAUCUGUCUACAUUUUGAAAAACCUCUCGUCGGAGGAACCCAAGCAAAUUCGAAAUAAUGGUCAGAACACUCUGAGAAAGUUGGUGCUUGCCUCAACCUUAUUCUUCUUCGCUGUAUCUUUCACAACCAUCUACUUAUGGUGGCCGCAGCCGUUCUUUCAACACACGAGUUUUGCGGUGCUCCUGUUUGUUUCAUUUUACCUUCAGUACAAAAUCACGAGAAAUUCUCAAUGCUCUCUAUGUCAGAAAUUUCUGAAGUUUACGAUAUUUUUCUUCGUUUUUGGUUUCUCACUUUGGAUCAUAGAUAAAGCAGCAUGCUCUCAAUUAACAUCUCUACGUGCUAGGAUUCCUGUUUACUUCAACCCUGUCACCCAGCUCCACAGUUGGUGGCACAUAUUUGCAGGAUAUGCAUCCUAUCUACAAAUUCUUUUAUGUAUUCAUUCAUGGUAUGAUCUUGAGAUCAGUUCUUCAAAAAAGACACUGCGGUUCGAAAAUGGUUUUAGUUUAAGGCCCACUGUUUCCAAAAAGCGGAGAUGAAAUUAAUCAUUGUCAAUUGAAAGAUAAUACAAACAAUUAUGUCUCUGUUACCUCUCAGUCUUCACAGUGCAUGAAGCAUAAAGGAUUUCGAAGUCAGGUAAGGGACCUUAUCUCUUCAGCAGGUUUUUACAACAGCUGGCUCAUUUUAUACAAUUAUAUUUACUAGUAAUACAUUUUUAACCUCUGUUUAGAUUUCAAGCGCUCUACUAAAACCCAGACAACUUGAAUAGUGUCGGAACCAUCACAUAGAAGGAUGCACCAUGCAUUCUAGAUGUGAUGAGAGGGAUACCUUAGCUCAAAUAUCUCUCUUCAAACUUUUCAGUAUACUCAGUGUAAUAAUCCCUAAGUGCUACAGAAAAACAAAAAUGGACAGUUUUUUAAACUGUCUCUACUGCCGCUAAUUGCUUAAAGAUUUAACUUUAAAAUAUAAAAAUGCAUCUCGAAAAUGCUUCACAUUAAGAGUUCAACUUGUAGUGCUUUGUAAAGGGAUUUCUUAUCUGAAACAAAGUAUAUGCCUCCAUAAAAUGUAAGCUUUUCUUGUUUAAAAAAUAUCUAGAUCUCAGCAAAGCUUUAAUGUACAUUUAUCAUUCUAUUUAGUAACUUAAUUGCAAAAUGGCUCAAAUACAACGCUACAGGCUUGCAUUUUUUUAAACUGACCACCAAGAGCUCCAAUCAUUUUUGUCCCGAAAAACUGCACUAAAGUCUUACAAUUUUAUGUCUGAAAUUUUCUUUUCAUUCAACCGUUUUCUCCAAAUAUUGAUGUAAAUGUAACUGAAAAUCAAAAAUAUAUUGUGAUUUCAUCAUAUGAAAAAUCUGCAGUGAUAUUUUUUACAGGGUUGCCACAGUCAGGGAAUACCAGGAUAUGUCAGGGAAUUUAAAAAAUACAGGGAUUUUCUAGAAAUGUUAGGAAAAACGACGAAAGUGUUGGGGAAAAAUUGUUAAGUUGCCUUUACUUGGUUUGUUGAAUGGUUUGAUGUUUCGAACAACAAAGUUUGCCUAAAAACUAUCUCAAAUCAUGUUUUUCUAAUCAUCUGGCAACCUUCAAUUAUCAGGGAAUUUCGCCAAAAUGUGUUCGGGAAAUCAGGAAAUUUCGUUUUCUGAGUUCUGUAGCAACCCUGUUAUUACUUUAAUUAGGAUUGAUAUGAUCUUAACUGUAUGAGAGUAACCAGAAAUCAUUUUAUACGGAGGUACAUUUUCCAAUUCUUUUGUUUCAAAUACAAAAAAGGACUGUCAUCCCUCCCCAUUUAAAAACAGAGAUAGGUUGUAAAAAAAUCGUGCGAUUUGUGAUUGGCGGGACCUUGAUUUUUUGUGGAGACAAGAGAUUAAAAGAACCAAGCCUCCAUCUUCAUUUCUUAACUAAUUAUGCAUUUGUCUCCCACUAAGUGGCCUUGAACAAAUAUCCAAUAUCGGUUGUUCUACUUUUUUUCUGAAAUUUUGUUUCAUGCAGAAAAAGUUUCGUUGAUCAAUUUAAGUCCUUCAUCCACAGAUUUAAAGCUUCCUCCAUUUUUCCCUUGCACAGAUUUCAAGGGACGCAAGUUUUUUGCGACAAGAUGAAUGUUUUGUUUUCCACUCUUUCAUUGAUACUCCAUUUUUCCUUAUUCAUUGGGCAGUUGAUUCAUGCCCUCCAAAUGAGCACCUCUUUUCAGAGUUUGAAAGAGUGUGCAACAAGUCCAAGAUUUUAAUCUUCUCUAUCAAUGACAUAACUUUCCGUAAACGCUGUGAAUCUUCCUGUAAUCUAAUUUUUUUUCCUCUUUCCUUUGUUAUUAUAUUGUUAUACUAUCUUUUUCUGUUGUCUUUGUUUCGGAACAUCUUACACUGCAUUAUUCAUAUACAUAUAUUUGAUCUUUUCAGUAAUAGUAAUGAUAUGAAAGUAAUAAAUUUUAAUCCUUUCAGAAUAUCAUUAUCACAUGUAUACAUAUUCAACGCUUUAAAGCGCUCCUGGGUGUUCUACGACCCUUAACCACCACUGUUUUCUGUUACAUCAUAACCCUUCAGGAAUCUUGUUUUUGAGCAUUUGGCAUCAAAUACCAUCCCUCCACGCCCUCAUAAAGCGCCCUCUAUGCUUCUCCUAGGAGUCCCAUCCAGGACCCAUUUCGGCAACUUUUCAUCUGCCUCUCCCUGCACGUGACCGUACCAUAUUAGUUGUCUCAUUAUGACUGGAAUGAGACAACAGGAGAUUGUGGAUAGCAAAAGAACAAUAUUGGUAUUGAAUUUUGAAGAAAAAAAAAGAAAA